AUGCUGAGCCUCCAAGGACCGCCGGCCAGGCGCCACCUCGCCCUCGCCGCCUUCUUCCUGCUGGCCUUGGUCCUCUGGCGAGGCUUCACCUCCUCGCGCCCGGCCUUUGAGCAUUCCGGCGGCAAGGGCAUUCACUACAUUCCCAGCGCCAUCGACUGGAGUCGGGCCAAGAUCUACUUCCCGCCCAAAGACACCGUCCCGCUGCCGUCGGGAGCCCCCAAGACCUUGCCCAGAGUGCAGGCCCGAACAGCUUCCGGGGCUGGGGACCACGUUUCGAAAUCGCGAAGGGCAGCCGUGAGAAGGGCCUUUGUCAAGAGUUGGAACGCGUACAAACAGUACGCAUGGGGCAGGGAUGAGCUCAUGCCGCUCUCGGGAAGGGGCAAGACUACUUUCUCGGGUUGGUCGGCUCAGCUGGUGGAUGCCCUCGAUUCGCUGUGGAUCAUGGGCUUGAGGGACGACUUCCGUCUUGCCGUGGCAGAGGUUGCCAGGAUCGACUGGUCCAAGACGGACGGCAGCGACAUCAACGUCUUUGAGGUGACGAUUCGAUACCUGGGCGGGUUGCUGUCCGCAUACGACCUCUCGGGCGACGGGGUACUCUUGAACAAGGCAGUCGAGCUCGGCGAUGCGCUGUACAUGGCGUUUGACACGCCCAACCGUCUGCCGACCCAUUGGCUCAGCUACACCAAGGCAGACCGCGGGGAGACGCGCGGCGACGUCAGCAUUUCCGGCGCCGCCGGCGGAACGCUCUGCCUCGAGUUCACCCGUCUCAGCCAAAUCACCGGCGACGACAAGUACUACGACGCCACGGAGCGGGUCAAGCGCUUCUUUUUCGAAAACCAGAACCGCACCAAGGUCCCCGGUCUGUGGCCAUCGGAUCUGAAUUUCCGCAGGGGCACCGUCGCGGAUGGGUUCUUCACCUUUGGGGCCGGUGCCGAUUCACAGUACGAGUACCUCCCCAAGAUGCACGCCCUGCUCGGCGGGCUCGAUGCCGAAUACGUGGAGAUGACGGUGCUGUCGUUGGACACGGGCCGAGACAAGCUACUCUUCAAGCCAAUGACCCCCAAGGACGAGGACAUCCUCAUGUCGGGCAACUUGGAUGCCUCUGCGGGCAAGCGAGAAAGCACGGCGCAGAUGCAACAUCUGACGUGUUUCCUGGGCGGCACGUACGCCCUCGCGGGAAAGCUCGUGGGACGCAACGACUACGUCGACCUCGGCGCACGCCUCACGGCCGGUUGCGUCUGGGCAUACGACUCGUUCCCCACCAACGUCAUGCCCGAAGUGACGGAGCUCGUCAAGUGCGAGAAGCUGGACCAGCCGUGUCCGUACCGGGAAGACGAGUUCCCGGCCGGCCGUGACGGGGACUUGCCGGGGGGGUUUCUGCGGAUCAACGACGCGAGAUACAUGUUGAGGCCGGAAGCCAUCGAAAGCGUCUUCUACAUGUGGCGCGUCACGGGAGAUGGCAUCUGGCGCGACGCAGCGUGGCGAAUGUGGGAGGGCAUAGUGAAGGAGACGGAGACGGAGUUGGCGUUUGCCUCCAUCCAGGACGCGAGCACGCACGGGAGUGCCAAGAUUGAUUCUAUGGAGACGCACGAUGGCCGUUCGGUUGCGGACGCGGACGGCGAGAUGGACUUUCCACUCUCGGUCUCCGGCCGCGCCCCCCCCUCCUCUCUCUCCUCUUCCUCGCCUCCUCACGGCAAACAUGGACACGGCCAUCACUCCCCAUCGACACCGACGCCAGCGCACACGCACACCCAGACACUGCACGAAAAUGCCGACAAGCCGCGCGGCAUGCCCCUCCGUCUCGCUGCAGGUGCACGCCGCGCCCUCGCCCUCGCCGUCGGCGGCGCCCCUCCUCGCCCCGUGAGCCGCGCGACGGUGCACGCGUCCGCCGCGCGGCCCUCGGACCUCGCCCGCCAGAACCACUACGAGCGCCUGCGCGUCCGGCACGACGCCUCGCCCGGCGAGAUCAAGACCUCCUUCUACGCGCUCUCCAAGUCGCACCACCCGGACGUGAGCCGCUCCCCCGCCGCGGCCCACGACUUCUCGCUCCUCGCCGAGGCCUACGCCGUGCUCGCCGAGGCCUCGCGCCGCGCCCAGUACGACCGCGACGUCCUGCGCCUGCGCCCGCACCCGCACCCGCACCCGCCCUCCUCCUUCUCGGCCGGCGGCCUCUCCAGGCGCAGGGCCUCCUUCCGCGGCCCCCCCGCGAGCUUCUACAGGAGCGCCGGCUGGGGCGCGCACUCGCACCCGGAGAGGAGGCGCCAGCCCUCCCACGACGAGCCCGCCGCCCGGGACCGGGACCCCUGGACGCACUCUCACUCCCGGCAGGCCGCCGACGACGUGCCGCACUUCGACAAGAGGGCGCACGCCCGCACGCACCGGCGCCAGGACGAGAGGCGCUGGGAGCGCCGCCGCGCCUUGGGCGACGACGACGUCGAGUUCGAGCCGCAGACCAGCCUGGCCGGCCACUUCCUCAUCGUCGUGGGCAUACUGGCCGCCACCAUGCUCGCGCCCCUCGUCUACUUGCAGUUUGUGCGCUUGGGCAGGAGGAAGAAACAGGCCGUCUGA